AACACUGAAAGUUUGUUGCCAACAAAAAAUAGGUAUUUACUUCCUUUAAUUUGUAACUAUCAUUUCUAUCAUCUAUUCAUUCAAGAAAGAAAGUUAAAAGCUGGUUUAAAGUUGAACGUGUUAUUUAAUGUUUUAAACAGGAGCAAAUAAACAAACAUGCUAUAAUGCUGAACAAAGCCCUUGGAGUUGCUAAUGAGCUUCUGUUGUCUUUAACUGUACUGGUGACAACCGUGGCCUGCAGUUUAAGCAAUGAAGCUUGUUUUGACCUUGGUCUUAGGAGAUCAGAUCUUCAAUGCACUUGGUGUGAUAAAUUAGUACAAUUUGAAUUGGAUGACAUCCUUAAGGAUAGCUGCCUUAACUGUUGUGUGAAAGCAGAGAAAGAACCUGUUAAGAAAUAUCCUCAAGCGCGACUUGAAGUGUGUGGAUGAAAAGUCGGUCACUACCCACAAAUCCAAGCAUUUGUGCGUGGUGACCAAUCAAAAAAUUUCUCUGGACUCACUGUGAAGUAUGUUCGGGGAGCAGAUCCAGUGAUCAAACUUCUGGAUGCUGAAGGGAAUGCUCAAGAAGAACUUAGCAUUCAGAAAUGGGACACUGAUACAAUCAAUGAAUUUCUUACUGAACAUUUAGAAUAGUUUAAUUGUCUUGUUUAUUAUUAUUUGUUUUAAUGUCGAAAAAUUGCACUGCAGACUAAUGCUUCCUCUAUCUUGAAAAAGCUUUUGGGACUCUUGCUGUACAUGUAUGAAGAUUGUUCAAGAAACUAAGAGAUUAGUUUGAACAAUUUGAUGUUUGUGUUCUGCAUGAUUUCUUAUGUGUUUUGUUAAGAUAUCCUGAUAAAGCAUUGGAAUCCGGUGUUUUUGUAAUAUGCUUUUAAAAAAAGUUUAAUUUUGGAAUAAAAAAACUAUUCUUUGA